CACCCUAUCUCCUAGGCCAUGACCGUGCCUUUAAGCUUCAGGGAACAUGGGGAUGCACAUGGUGGGGCCAUUGCAACCUCCGCUGAGAUGUCCAAGAAAUCCUGGAAGCGCUGGCGCUGUGCGGAGAGGAAGCUAUCUUCUGCGCAUGCAUCGGUGCAGGGGCGUCUUGUUGGCCUCCUCAGUGGGCUUUGCAGUGGUCAUCGCACUCCAGCUGUGGCGGUCUCCAAUUUGAUCGCCCGUGGCAGCGGAGCGGCCGCUGACGUGCACACCCUACGAAUGGUGCUGAAUGAUUCGGACCUAUGGGAAGCACCAGAAAAAGAUGGACCAACCAUGGAGGCUUCUCCAAAGGUUUCUCCCACCUCCCCUUUGAGCUUGCAAAGUUUGGAUAACUUCCGAUCGUCACCUCGUCGACUGGAGGAGAUGCGGAUCUCAACCGCUGGGCCCUGUACAGUUCAUCUGGGCGACGAGGUUUCAACACCAAGAUCCACAGUGUCCCUCUCGGACUCCGACUUUGGCCUGGCUGGCUGGCAGCUUGAGGCGCCCGGAAAGGCUAUUCCUUUGCUCGAUGCCUGGCAGGCUUCAGAAUGGCAGCGGAAAGUGGAGCGCAUGGCAUCAGCUGCCACAGCUGUGGCAGAGAAGACGCACUCAGCUGCGCUCCUCGAAACGUGCUUUAGGUCAUGGUCCAAAGCGAUUGUGCAGGAGGACACGAUUGAGGAACCAUCUCUGCGCGACGUUCCUCAAUUGAGAGUGCUGCUGGCAGAGUCCCUGCAAUAGGAAAAUCCUGGGAUUGGGCAUCCUAAUUGCGCC